AGGGUUGUUCUGGGCCCGAUUGCACCCUGGCCAGCAUGGCGACAGAGUCCAGACCCAGCGAAGCCCUGGGCGCCCCGUCCACGGACGACCAGUUGGGGCUUCUUGUCGUAAAGGUGGAGGACGAGGAGGCCAGUUGCAGCCCCGCUCCCGGGCCCGAGUGCUCCCGCCAGCGCUUCCGCGGCUUCCGCUACCCCGAGGCCGAGGGACCCCGCGAGGCGCUGGGCCGGCUGCGCCAGCUCUGCCGCCUGUGGCUGCGACCCGAGACGCACAGCAAGGAGCAGAUGCUGGAGCUGCUGGUGCUGGAGCAGUUCCUGAGCAUCCUGCCCGGGGAGCUCCAGGCCCGCGUGCGCGCACAGCAUCCGGAGAGCGGGGACGCGGCGGUGGCCGCGCUGGAGUCCCUGGACAGGCAGCUGCCUGAGCCCAGGCCGCAGGUGCCAGGUGGUGACCAGGGGCCGCUGCUCUGUUGCACGAUGGCAGUGUUGACUCCGGCUCAGAGGUCACGAAGUGCCCGAUUCCAGCCGAUGAAGGCUCUGCUCAAGCACGAAUGUGUGGGAUCCCAGUCCCCACCAGACAGAGCUCUGCAGGUGCCUGGGCUUGCUGUGGGCGGGCGCUAUACAGCGCACGCAGUGGUGGCCGCCGGGCUCACUCCAGAGUCCCAGGGGCUGCUGAAAAUGGAAGAUGUGGCUCUCACUGUGUCCCCUGGAUGGACAGAGCUGGAUUCAUCUCAGGCGAAGUCAUACAGAGAUGAAAGGCAGGAGGACGGUGGCCCUCUGACCUCCCUGGGUGGUGAAAUGCAGAAUAAGAUCAGAGACUUGCCUCUAGAUGAGAAACAUCCAGAAGAGGAGCCUGGGCAGACCCUGCGCCACCUGUGUGAAGCCAUUGCUCCAACCCCACACCCCCUGGGUGAAGCCAUUGCCCCGAUCCCUGCACGUGCAGAAGCUGGUGAGCAGGAGGGCAGAUUAUACAGAAAGCAGAAAAGCGCUACGGGGAGGAGGCGGCACAUCUGCCAGGAAUGUGGGAAGAGUUUUGCUCAGAGUUCAGGCCUGACGAAGCACAGGAGAAUCCACACUGGGGAGAAGCCCUACGAGUGUGAGGACUGUGGCAAGUCCUUCAUUGGGAGCUCUGCUCUCAUCAUUCACCAGAGAGUCCACACUGGGGAGAAACCCUAUGAGUGUGACGAAUGUGGGAAGGUUUUCAGUCAUAGCUCAAACCUCAUCAAGCACCAGAGAACUCACACCGGGGAGAAGCCCUACGAGUGUGAUGAGUGUGGAAAGACCUUUAGCCAGAGCUGCAGCCUCCUGGAACAUCACAAAAUCCACACUGGGGAGAAGCCAUACCAGUGUGACAUAUGUGGCAAAGCCUUUAGGCGGAAUUCACAUCUCCUGAGACAUCGGAAGAUCCAUAGUGAUAAAACCGUUCAGGAUCCUGAACACGGGAAGAGCUGGGAGAGUCAGGGGACGCUGGAGAGUCACAAGGGGAACGUUGAGGCUCCCGUGUCUUAUCGAUGUAAUGAGUGUGAGAGGAGUUUCACUAGGAGUAGAAGCCUUAUUGAACAUCACAAAAUCCACACUGGAGAGAAGCCGUAUCCCUGUGAUGCAUGUGGAAAAGGCUUCACCCGGACCUCAUACCUUGUUCAACAUCAAAGGAGCCAUGUUGGGAAAACAAUUCUGUCUCGGUGACCUACGUCUUCCGUGCCAAAGUUGAAGUGAAGCCACCCUGGAACCUUUCCUGACUACAGAAACUGAGCUUGGGAUGUAUUUCCCCCUGCACACCAUCAGGCGUGUGUGUGAGGGAAAAUAUAGCGCGUGGUUGAGAUGAAUUAUCUUCUACAUUCUAGGUGACUAGAAAAAAACUUGUUGGAAAGGAAGCGUUGUCUGUCAAGUGGUUUACUCUCACCUACCGGACUUCAAGGGCUUCCAGACUGACUCACCACUCCCAGCCAUUUCUUGAUGACAGAUCCUGGGUAGAUGGCUGAUUUGGGGCUGCUCUCUGACCUCUCAUUUUGCCUAUGUGAACCCUUCACCAGUGGGUUGGAUCAGGGACGUCUCUACUCCACCAUUGUGCCUUGCAUGUAGGUGCUACAAAUGUUUAUUAAGCAUUGACCUUCAUUUCUUGGAAAAUCUGGUGUCUAGAUUUCUAACUAAGGCCAUUUUUGUUUGUCUAAUUCUCUAAGGUUCUAGAUUCUGGGUCAAUUUAGUGCAUUCAUUGCCAAGUACAUAGGAUUGUCAGAGUAGGGGUGUAGGAAUGCAUAUUUCUUCACCAGUAUGUUCGUCACUUACAGUAAGAACGCCUUAAACAGCCUCUUUGUCAUUAAGACAUUUUGGGACAGCUCCAUCCAUACAACUCCAUUCUCUAGUCAACAUUAUGUUAUUCCAUAUUAAUAUUGCUACUGUAUGGGGAAGAUUGUUCACAUUCAGGUAAAUAAAAGUCCAUUUGUCAAGUCAGAAUAUGAGGAUUAUGAAUUUUGUGAGGAUCUGUUUAUACUAAUAAGUGCUGUGUAAAUCACCUGGAAAUGCUGACAUUGAUAGAGGAAUGGAGUAAAUACUUUGUUAGCCAAAGCUCUAUAUAUUGGAAUGUGAAUUGUUUAAUAAUAAAAACUAUCUUUAAAAAGUGUCCGGUAACUGACAGUCUUGAUCUUAUCUUGUAAUGAUAUCUCAAAUCACAUGUUUGGUUACACCUCAAUUAUUCAUAACAAGAACUUCAUCCACUUGGUAAACUCAAUUUAUCUACUUUUCUCUAAGCAGCUAGUGAAUCUCCUUUUUCCUCACGAUAUGCCAAAAUUGGGUCUGAAGACUUUCAGUCAGCUUCAUAUACACAGUAUCUAUUUUGUACAUUUCAAAUGGCAUUGCUACUACAGAAAUGUUUCAGAUUGGUUACUUUCAUGGGAACUUUCUGUUAACAAGUCAAUUUCAUUUCUGCUCCUACUCACAUUUCUCACUUGGUUUCUGGCCUCAGCAAUCCCUCGGUAUUUACAACAUCAGUCUAACAUCUUGGAAUCUGAACAUAGCAAGAGUUCCUGGUCUCCUUUCCCAAGUAAUGGCUGAACACUAUGAGAUGUCCCUACAUAUUUAUGGAUUUUCUUUAUUAGAAAUUCAGUCAUCAUGCAAAGGAUAAAUCCUCUGCACCUUUCCAAAGCCUUGCUUUUAUUCCAAUUUCUAGGGUACUUCAACAAGAUUUUCAAGGGUCUAGGAACAAAAUCUGAACAAUCCUGUCACUUAUUUGUAUAAAUGUAAUAAACUAUGUGGUUAUUCUAUACGUCUGAGUGAAUUCUUAAACAGAUAACACAUUGCAUUACUUCCAAGCUGUUAGAAAAUAAGUAGUUUCAGGUAUUAAAGCAUUAAAACUUGAACCAUUUUCACCCCUCGGCUCUCCCAGCAGUUCUGCCCUUUGGCUUUGGGAGCCUGGGCAUGGAAUCUAGCCUCCCAGACCCGCUUACAGCACAGGAUAUAAAAGGGCUGGUGGGGGGCUGAGAAGAAGAUUAAUGGCUGGCUCACCAGUGCAUCCUCAGCACCCAUAAACGAGUGAAUCUGGAAAUUGAGUAAUUCAACUUGUUCUUUUGUAUUAUUAAAAUAAAUCAAGAUUCCUUGGCACCUAUUGCUAGAACCCAAAGCAUUUACAUGCCUGGCUCCAUUUCUAAACAUGUUUUGUGCUCACAACCAUUCAUUCAGCAAAUCCAACUGCUGGUGUCACGUCUGUGCUCAGACACUAAGGCACUAAAGAUGAACGAGACAUGUCUGUCCUUGUAAUGCCUGAGAACGCCUCUGUUCGUUCAUGCUGAGUUUUCAUGUGUGGUUCUACUUCCAUAGCAGAUCAUUUCUUACCACCUCCAG